AACACUGAGGAGUGAAUUCAGGAUGAGGCCAGCUACCUACUGGAGGAGUUCCGGAAGACCAAGGCUAUAUGACAUGUACUCUGGAAUCAUGCCGUAUUUGCCAGGAAGACACAAUCGCGUCUACUACUUGAUGGAACAGCUCAAGGACUUCAUUGCCUCCAGGGUCAAGAUCAACGAAGCAUCCUUUGACUCCCAAAACCCUCGGGACUUCUUUGACUGCUUUCUCAUCAAGAUGCACCAGUUGCACAACAUCUUCCCGAGCCUCCUGGACUGGGUGCCCAGGCCGCACCAACGCAUCUUCCAGAACUUCAAGCGCCUGAGAGACCUUAUCGCCCACAGCGUCCACGACCACCAGGCCUCUCUAGACCCCAGAUCUCCCCGGGACUUCAUCGACUGCUUCCUCACCAAGAUGGCAGAGGAGGAGGACCCGCUGAGCCACUUCCACAUGGAUACCCUGCUGAUGACCACACAUAACCUGCUCUUUGGCGGCACCGAGACUGUGGGCACCACGCUGCGCCACGCCUUCCUGGCACUCAUGAAGUACCCGAAAGUUCAAGGAUGGGAAAGAGGAGCAUUGAGGAGCGAAUUCAGGAGGAGGCCAGCUACCUACUGGAGGAGUUCCAGAAGACCAAGGCUAUAUGACAUGUACUCUGGAAUCAUGCCGUAUUUGCCAGGAAGACACAAUCGCGUCUACUACUUGAUAGAACAGCUCAAGGACUUCAUUGCCUCCAGGGUCAAGAUCAACGAAGCAUCCUUUGACCCCCAAAACCCUCGGGACUUCUUUGACUGCUUUCUCAUCAAGACGCACCAGGCCUCUUGCUACUCCUGGUUCAGCGCCACCCUAACGCCCAUGGCCGCCUCCCACCAGUUCCCUGACCUCUGCCCCUUUUGGGAAACCUUCUGCAGAUGGACAGAAGAGGCCUGCUCAGAUCCUUUCAGAGGCAAAGAUUUCUAUUUUCCCACAUGGAGGACUUGGGGGAAGCGGAUUUUUCUUGGUGAAGGCAUCGCCCGCAAUGAAUUGUUCCUCUUCUUCACCACCAUCCUUCAGAACUUCUCCAUGGCCAGCCCCGUGGCUCCUGAAGACAUCGACCUGACACCCCAGGAGUGUGGUGUGGGCAAAAUACCCCCAAAGUACCACAUCUGCUUCCUGCCCCACUGAAGGGGCUGAGGGAAAGGGGUCAAAGGAUUCCAAGGUCAUUCAGUGUCCCCACCUCUGUAGACAGUGGCUCUGACUCCCCGCAACUUCCUGCCUCUGAGAGACCAGCAGCAAGCCAGCUUCCUUCCCCUCCAUGGCACCAGUUGUCUGAGGUCACAUUGCAAGUGAGUGGAGGAGUGAGAUUAUUGAAAAUUAUAAUAUACAAAAUUAUAUAUGUAUAAUUAUAUAUAUAUAUUUAGAUGGAGUCUUACUCUGUC